GGUCCGGCCGUCUCUAUGGUCGCGCGGCGCCCGAUGGGAUGUCGGCGGCCUCCUUUCUCCUUGACUGUGAUGGCGGCGUCCUGGGCUUGGGGUGCUUUGCUCUUUUCCCAGCUGCUGCUGCUGCUGCUGCUCCUCCUCCUCUCGCCUCCCCCCACAGGCGCCGUUUACGAGGACCAAGUGGGCAAGUUUGACUGGAGGCAGCAGUAUGUGGGGAAGCUCAAGUUUGCCUCCUUGGAAGCCUCGCAGGGCUCCAGGAAGCUCAUUGCAGCCACUGAGAAAAAUGUGAUGGCUGCUCUGAAUUCCAGGACAGGAGAAAUCUUGUGGCGCCAUGUGGACAAAGGGACUCCUGAAGGGGCGAUAGACGCUAUGCUGAUCCACGGGCAAGAUGCCAUCACUGUUUCCAACGGGGGCCAUCUUCUGCGCUCCUGGGAGACAAACAUUGGAGGCUUGAACUGGGAGAUAUCGAUGGACACUGGCAGUUUUCAGAUGGCCAGUUUGGUGGGACUGCAGGACACUGUCAAAUACGUGGCACUGUUGAAGAAAAGUGGGCUCUCUCUCCACUACCUCUCCAACGGCCACCAGAAGUGGGUGGAACAUUUACCAGAGAGUGAGGUUGUCCAGUAUCAGUUGGUGUAUUCGCAUGGGACAGGGGUGGUGCAUGCUGUUGGAGUCGCUCCUCAAAGCCACUUAAAUGUCGUAACCUUCAGCGUCGAGGAUGGAGAAAUCACAAGACAGGUCAGGAUAGCAGCCUCCUGGGCGAGGAGCCUGAGUGGGGCCUGUGGUGUGGUUGGAGAGGGCGUCCUUGUGUGCGUGGACUCAGCCGCUCACUCACUUCAUGCCAUGUCCCUAGACACUGAGGGAGAGAUGAAGCAACUUCCUCUGCAAUCCCUUGGCCUGGAGUUUGCCGAUGGCUUCCAGCCCUGCUUGCAUCCCUCCCAGCCCAAUCCUGCCAGCGCUUCCCGAGCCCAGUUCUUCCUGCGGCUUGCCCCGAGCCGCUUCGUGCUGCUGCAGUACCGGAAUGGCGUGUUGAGCUUCCUCCGGGAUUUCCCGCAGGCUAUCCUCGCGACCUUUGCAACCACCAACGAGAAAACGGUAGCCGCUGUCCUGAUUUGCAAGGCCGAAGUGGAAUCCUUAUCCUGCCACAACCAAUCCUACACGAUUAACUUGUACUUGGCUGAAACUGGGCAGAGACUGCUGGACACCACAAUCAGCUUCACCUUGGAGAAAACCAGCACGAGGCCAGAACAGCUUUACAUUCAGGUCUUUUUGAAGAAGGACGACUCUGUGGGUUACCGGGCUCUGGUGCAGACGGCAGAUCACAUGCUCUUGUUCCUUCAGCAACCCGGGAAAGUUCUGUGGAGCCGGGAAGAGUCUUUGGCUGAAGUGGUCAGUUUGCAGAUGGUGGACCUGCCCCUGACGGGUGCGCAGGCAGAGCUGGAGGGUGAAUUUGGAAAGAAAGCAGAUGGCCUAUUGGGCAUGUUCCUCAAGCGUCUGUCCUCCCAACUGAUCCUGCUCCAGGCCUGGACUGCUCACCUCUGGAAGAUGUUCUACGAUGCCCGCAAGCCCCGCAGCCAGAUCAAGAACGAGGUCAACAUCGACAACUUGGCCCGAGACGAGUUUAACCUGCAGAAGAUGAUUGUGGUGGUCACAGCCUCUGGGAAGCUCUUUGGCAUCGAAAGCAGCUCUGGGACCAUCCUGUGGAAGCAGUACCUUCAGGACGUGCAGCCGGGCUCAUCCUUCAAGCUGAUGGUCCAGAGGACAACUGCUCACUUCCCCCACCCUCCACAGUGCACCCUGCUGGUCAAGGACAAGGAGACGGGCAUGAGCUCCCUCUAUGUCUUCAACCCUAUCUUUGGACGGUGGAGCCAGGUGGCCCCUCCAGUGCUGAACCGCCCCAUCCUCCAGUCGCUUCUCCUUCCCAUCAUGGACCAAGAUUACGCCAAAGUCCUGCUUCUGAUCGACGACGAGUACAAGGUCACGGUGUUCCCAGCGACGAGAAACGUCCUCCGGCAGCUUGAAGAAAUGGCCCCGUCCGUGUCUUUUCAUUUAGCAGACUCCGAGCAGGGCAGGCUGAUGGGACGGAGGCUGCGGAAGGACCUGACGACAGAACAGAGUUGGGAGAUCAGCAUCCCCCCUGAUGUGCAGCGGAUCGUGACUGUGAAGGGGAAGAGGGCCAACGAGCACGUCCAUUCCCAGGGCCGUGUGAUGGGGGAUCGCAGUGUGCUUUACAAGUCGUUGAACCCGAACCUGCUGGCGGUGGUGACGGAGAGCAUGGACACCCACCAGGAGCGCACGUUCAUCGGGAUCUACUUGAUCGACGGAGUCACCGGCCGGAUCAUCCACUCCUCAGUGCAGAAGAAGGCCAAGGGACCAGUCCACAUUGUCCACUCGGAGAACUGGGUGGUGUACCAGUACUGGAAUGCCAAGGCCCGCCGGAACGAAUUCACCGUGCUGGAGCUGUACGAGGGGACGGAGCAAUACAACGCUACGGCCUUUAGCUCCCUCGACCGCCCGCUCCUGCCGCAGGUCCUCCAGCAGUCCUACAUCUUCCCUUCCGCCAUCAGCGCCAUGGAGGUCACCAUCACCGAACGGGGGAUCACCAGCCGCCACUUGCUCAUUGGACUUCCCUCUGGGGCAAUCCUUUCGCUCCCCAAGGCUCUGUUGGACCCACGCCGACCAGAAAUCCCAACUGAGCAAACCAGGGAAGAAAACCUGAUCCCAUACUCCCCGGAUGUGCAGAUCCAUGCCGAGAGGUUCAUCAACUACAACCAAACCAUCUCCCGAAUGAGGGGCAUUUACACGGUCCCAUCGGGCCUUGAGUCCACGUGUCUGGUCGUUGCGUUUGGCCUGGACAUCUACCAAACCCGAGUGUACCCGUCCAAGCAGUUUGACGUCCUGAAGGACGACUAUGAUUAUGUCCUGAUCAGCAGCGUGCUCUUCGGGCUGGUUUUCGCCACCAUGAUCACCAAGAGGCUGGCUCAGGUGAAGCUCCUCAACCGUGCCUGGCGGUAACUAGAUAUGCAGAGGCCAAUCUGCCGGGCUGGAUAGCAAAGACCCCAACCCAUUGAGCACCCUUGUCUGUUAAAUAGCUGCUACCACUGAUGGAGCGAGAUCUAUGGGGUCUUUUUCUUAGCUUUUCCAGUUGACAAGACACAGCCAACUUGAAUUCCUUGUGGGAAAUGAGAAAUGACAGGAUCAAGAAUAUUCUACAAAAUUACAGACUAUAAAACUUUAUUUUUCCUUUGGGAACUAGUCUGAAAUGGGUGGAUUUGUCUUAAAAACCUUUAAUGUACUGCCGCUGAUCCCAUUUCUGAAUCACCUUUUGCCAUAACAUUCGAUCCCCAAACUCAGCCUGUGUCAUCAAUUAAACGUUACCUGGGAGGGGAGUCCACCAUUUCUUUUAUCCUGAUAAGUUUCUAACCCACUGAACUCCCACCCUUUCAUUGGGAAACUCUCCAUUCAAGAAAAUGAUGAACAACUUUGUAAAUAUGUGGAAUACAAGGAGACGUCUGUGGAAGUCAGCAUUCUGCAACCAAGUGAUUUCCAAAUGUUGUUGGAUUCCAACUCCCAUCAGUCCCACCCAGCAGUGGGAAAGGCUGGUGUAGGGAAUUUUUGGAGACAGAUACUAAUUAACAUGGAGUCAAAGACAGAGCAGAUAAGCUUGAUUGUUUAUAACGUGCAGAAGGGGUUUUUGGAGAAGACAUAACUUGAACGGUCUAAUAUUAUUUUGGUUGUUGCACUGAAUGAAACCUUUUGCUUUGCAUGUUCUUUACCAGAGAGUUGUAUCCAAUGAUAGUCCUACUCUCAUUAGACCCACAGAAAUUAAUGACCAUGACUAAUUUAGGUCCAUUAAUUUUAAAUGAGUCUACUCUGAGUAGGACUAACCUUAGAUACAACCCCCAUGGGUUUUUGGUGGGGUUGCAGGGGAGAGGUUGAUUCUCUGGUGUCGACUUAAUGUGAUGAAUCUAAAUCACCCUUUGCCAUCAUGCGGUGCACUCCAGAUGAUGUUGGACUACAUCAGUCCAGAUGCACAACAGAGGGGCUGAUGGGAGCUCAAGAACAGCUAGAGGGCACCAUAUUGGUGAAGGCUGAUCUACAUUAUGAGCUUCCUCCAGUAAUAAUUUAUUGCUUAUUUGAAUUGGGGGGCACAUAAUGGAUUGCAUCGCAAUGGAGACUUGGGGAGGCAGGGAGAGACUGAGGUGUUGGUUUACUGGCCAGCUUGUUAAGGGGAUGGGUACACAGCCUGGAUAUUUGGUUAGCAGAGUGGCAAAGCCAGCCCCUUUCCUUCCCCCACCUCUCCAUUUGUGUGGAGAGGAACUUGAAGUCACUUCUGUACAGGAGCAUCCAGAUCAGUUUCGCUAAUAAAAACAAAAAAAACC